GUGGAAUCUCGCGACUUGAUGGACGGGUACCUCCGCUUCCGCCAAAAGUGCAAGGAAUGGCAGACGGGACAUGACACCCUGCUCCGCAUGCUCUCGUCCUUCCAGAGUCAAGUGGAGUCCAUGCGAGGGAAGCUCUCCGACGAGGACACUCUCAUGCUGAAUCGGCCAAUGGACCCAUUCCGUUUGGAAGAGCUGUUCGUGUCCAUUCAAGAAAUGCCGCCAAAGUUGGAGUCGAUCCUCCAUGACAUGUACGACAUCUACCACGACACGAGGAAUGCAUCAAGUCACGACAGCAAGAAGGAACAUGGAGCUCCAUGCUCCCGCCGCGACUAUAUUGGAUUCGUCGGCGUUGAAGUGGACAUGUAUGAAGCGGAAUUCCAGCACAUCGAAGCGGUAGUGAACUCCCUGCAUUUCGACACUCCUAGCAACGUCUGGAACACGUACAUCACGUCCCUAUCCACCCAGCCCUUCCUCGACAUGGAUGUCCUUUCUGCCAUCACAGAGAAACAUAACUUUUCGUAUCGGCAUCGUACACGUCAACUGCCAUGAUAAUAUACAUGGAUUACCACG